ACGCUUCACAGUUCGUCAUCCGACUUCAAUUACUAUACUCCUCAUUUGUCGAACUUGUGCUCCUCGUCAAUUUCUUCACUCUACAAUUGAAACAUAUAAUCAAACAAGUAGCAUAUUAUCACUCGUCAUUUUUUCUUUUUGUUUUGUGACCUAACUUACCAAGAUCUUGUAUAUUUCGUAUCGAACUGUUUCCCCUCGGAAUGCUUAUGGCAAAAACAAGUAGGGCUCAAGUGAUACAGGCCUUCGGCCCAUGGGACGCCUAUUGAUCCAAUUUCAAGCCCAAGCUAUCGACUCUUUUUUUUUUAUUACGAUUAAACCAAGCUAUCGUCUCUGCUAAACUGAACUUUCAAAUUUCCUGGAAUUUUCUAGGGUUCUGAAACCUUCCAUGGAGAGUUCCAAGUUCUGAUAAACGUUUGAGACUCGUUCGGCUUGGCGUUAGACCUUUAGAGAUGGAGCAGCCGGUCAUUACCUCGGAGGAAGGAGCGUCUAAUGCCUCGCUUCUGAAUCCACCUUGUCGCAUAAUCUGCCAUGUAUGCCAGAAGCAGUUCUCGCAAUACACUUGUCCACGGUGCAAUUCACGAUACUGUUCUCUCCAGUGCUACAAGUCACAUAGUGUGCGGUGCACUGAAUCGUUUAUGCGGGAGAACGUAGUUGAGGAGCUGAAGCAUUUGAAACCUGGCGAUGACAGUAGGCGGAGAAUGGUGGAUAUAUUGAAACGUUUUCAUUCUGAGGAAGAAGAGAUGGGGUCUAUUGAUGAGGAUGAAGAUUCAUUUCUGUCUGAGCAGACCAUUGAAAAGAUGGUUUCUGGAGGUCAAAUUACUCUCGAUGAUCUUUCUGUCGAAGAGAAGAAACGAUUCGAAAGAGCUUUAGCAUCCGGGGAGCUUAGCAAGUUCUUCAAGCCAUGGGAUCCUUGGUGGUUGAAGCCUUCUGCCAGAGCCAUCUCACUCAGUAAGCAAGGAACUCAACUCGUGCAACCAAUUACUGAUAUGGAUCAUGAACCAUCAUCAUCCCUUCAAGACAAUGGUGCACAAGACGAGUCAUCCAUUGAUAUCCCUCCUGGCCCUCAAACCCCACUACCACCAUUAGCAAAACUAAUCACUACAGAGCCCUCUCCACUUCUAGCUAUCCAUCUGGUAGACAUCAUAUAUUCGUACUGCUUCACGUUGCGACUCUACAAUGGAGACUGGAACUCCGAUGCCAUGGGAUCAGUGACCGUCUUGUUGAGCGUCUCUCAAGUUUUAGGCCAAGCCUCUCAGCCAGAAAAUGUGAUGGAAGCCCUGUCUUAUUGCUUGGAGCAAGCUUGCUCUCCCGAGUACAAGCACAUUGGGGGUUCCCGAUUCGGACUCUCCAUCAUUGAAGACGUGAUCACGCUGCUCUCGCUUGGUCGUGGUGCUCUAAUAUGCAUGCUUGCUGACCUGGAGAGGUUAAUUCGAGCCGGGGUGAAGGAGCUGAAAGCAGAGAGACGCCGGAAUUCGAGCUCAGAGAUCAGAAGCAAGUUGAAGCCCGCAGAGAGGAAAGUCUACUUUAUCAUGUGUUGGGUGAAUGAACAGCCUGAUGAAGCUUGGUCUUCUCUAGCUACCAUUGUUAGAACAGAGCAAGCCUCUGUCUUGGAUUGUUGCAACGGUGGUCAUAAGCUUGUGAAGAAAUCCAAGGACAAAACUGGAGGGAAGGCUUUCAUUGAAGAGAUUGUAUAGAUGCACCUUUGUUCUUGUUGUAGCCCUCUUGCAUUUCGAAUUAAGAAAUUCUGUUGAU